AUGCCCUUCUUGGACGCAUGUAUGCUCAUCCCUCCCUAUCAGAAAUUUCUCAAGGACGCUGUAACCGAGAGAAGAAAAGAGGUUCAGGGUAUGGUCGUUCUUUCUCAGGAAUGUAGCGCAAUCAUCACUAGGAAAGUGGUUGGGAAGAAGUUUGAGGAUCCAGGCAGUUUCACUCUUCCUUGUUCUAUUGGUCCUCUGGCAUUCAACCGAAGCUUAUGUGAUCUUGGAGCAGGCGUAUCUGUGAUGCCACUCACAGUAGCUAAGAGGCUUGGGUUCGAGAAGUAUCAAAAGUGCGACGUUUCCUUGGUACUUGCGGAUAGAUCAGUACGCAUCCCAGUGGGUAUGCUCGAGGACUUGCCUGUGCGAGUAGGAAACGUGGAGAUACCCACUGACUUUGUUAUCCUUGAGAUGGAUGAAGAACCCAAGGAUCCGCUGAUCUUGGGAAGGCCCUUUUUGGCAACCGCUGGAGCUAUCAUCGAUGUUCAGAGAGGGAAGAUUGAGCUAAACUUUGGAGAUGACUUCAAGCUCAGCUUCGACAUCAAGAGAUCGAUGAAGAAACCAACCAUUGAUGGACAGCUCUUCUGGGUAGAGACUUUGGAUCAGUUGGCAGACGAGUAUCUAGAGGAAGGGACUGUUCCCAAUGACGUGGUUGAGGAAAUCAUAGGACGCUCCGUGAGAGUUGAGGAAAUCCACAAGGUAGAGGCAGAGCACGACCUCGAGCAACCUUCAGACGAUGACUGGAGCGAGCUCAAAGCCCCAAAGGUGGACCUCAAGACCUUACCAGAUGGGCUAAGGUACGCAUUUCUUGGACCAAAUUCAACUUAUCCCGUAAUUGUGAACCAAGAACUUACCCCACCCCAAUUAACCUCCCUCCUUAAUGAGUUGAGGAAGUUCAGGAGAGCAAUUGGAUCUAUUGAACACCAAAGACGCUUAAAUCCCAACCUCAAAGAGGUGGUGAAAAAGGAAAUCCUUAAGUUGCUUGACGCCGGCGUGAUCUACCCUAUCUCGGAUAGUACUUGGGUCUCGCCGGUACACUGUGUGCCCAAGAAAGGUGGAAUCACAGUAGUCAAGAACGAAAAAGACGAAAUGAUCCCAACCAGAACCAUAACCGGUCACCGAAUGUGCAUAGAUUACCGAAAGCUCAAUGCGGCGACUAGGAAGGAUCAUUUUCCACUGCCUUUCAUCGAUCAGAUGCUUGAGCGGUUGGCGAACCAUCCUUUCUAUUGCUUCCUUGAUGGCUAUUCGGGAUUCUUUCAAAUCCCCAUCCACCCUAAUGACCAAGAGAAAACACCUUCACAUGUCCCUAUGGAACUUUUGCCUAUAAACGUAUGCCCUUUGGAUUGUGUAACGCUCCGGCGACUUUCCAAAGGUGCAUGA